AUGGAAGCAUCGUACGCAGCGCUGCGUGAAGACUUCUUGUAUCUUACGAAAGAACCUAGAGGUUGCAUACGAGAUCGGUUGACGGAAAUGGUAGCAGCCAUAGCGAAAGUGAGAGAAAAAUGUGCAGUGGUAAGGUCGACCGAAUGUGGGCCCACUGUUAAGAAACACCGAGCGGAAUUAUCAGUGGUAGAUCGCGUGCCGAUUUCCUCAUCUAUAAGUCUAGCUAAAAAUCCCGUGUGA